UUUCCGGAAUUGCUGCAUGAUAAAUAGACUGUUGCAGGUCAGCUGAACAUGUCACCUCCCUUUGUACAAUUGUAGAAUAGAGUUAGUUUACGCUACCCUGCAGCUAGUGAUACACAGAACAAGCCUCAGAGCCAAGGGCCACGCCAUUAGAAGCAAGUUACGGCCGAGAGAAGUGGUCCGUUGGGAGAUAAAGAACAACCACCAACCUCCACACAGAGAAACAAGACAUGGCCAGCAAGAAAGGCUCAGUGAUUAACGUGGUCGUGUGUGGACUAACCACCGCCUCCUUCCAGGGACUUACCGGGCAAGGGGCGGGUAAAUCAUACCUCUGCAACCGUUUUGUACGGCCCAAACACGAUGAGCUGAGAGAGCACACCAGUGUUCUCAACAACUCUGACUUUGGUAGUAACAUCAUCAACCAGAACCAUUUCCUGUACUGGGGAGGAAAGACGGUCGGGCUUGAGGACGGACAGGAAGUCACCAUUCAGCUUGUGGAGCACACAGAAUUUGUUGAUGAUUCGACCUUUAAACCCUUCACGCACUCGAAACCUUAUCACAAACGCUGCACGCAGCUUAAGCUGCACAGCGGAGGUAAGGUCAUGUACAUCAGUGACGACCAGCUAGCAUUGCCAGAAGAAUACAGCGAUGUACCAAAGUUCCCUGACAAGUUCAGUAUUGAUGGCUUCAUCCUGUGCGUGGAUGUAUCCACUCCGCUUGAUUUCUCUAACCCUCAAAGAGAGUUUGUCACUCGGUUGUUUCAAGCCAUACAACAAACCAAGAAGCCGAUUGUGGUUGCCAUGACAAAAUACGACUCGGCUAUUGACGAAUCUGUGGCUAGUGUGGCAGAGCUCGUGAGUAAGUCAAAGAAACAAAUCCAGUUGAUUGAAGUAAGUGCUAUAAGGAACAUCAACGUUGACGCCUGCUUCCUUGUCCUGUGUCAUCUGGUUGACCCCAAGAAACCCAAGACCAAGCUAACAACGUUUGCAGAUGCUAAGACCCAUCUUGAUGAGAGAAUUCGAAAAGUCGAGGAUGCGUUUCAGAGCUUGUUACAUCGCGAAGUAACUGACUUCAGUCAAGACAUGUUUCAAGUGUGCAAGGAACUUCAGAAGCAGUCGGAGUAUGAACUUCUGUUAGAGUUGAAAGGACUUGAUCGUAUUUACAAGCUAGUACGAGGACAGCUAGCGUUUCUCAAGAGGCAGCAACUCGAGUGUAAACUGAUGCGUUAUGUAGAGCUCCUCCCUCUAAUACUAGACGCCCUCAUUCCCAACCUCUCCCUCAACGAUAAUAUUGAAAGUUGCUGUACGGCACUUCGUUCAAGCAGCAAGUUUAGCCAGUAUUUUGAGGAUGUCCGCGAGUGGCGUGAUGACAACGAUCUGCUCAAGUCUACUAACAGAGACACAGUACCCUAUGGUCUCAUGCUGGAGGACAUUGGACGAGAAGUACUCCACAACCACAUUGACAAGGUACUGAAGACACAAAGAGAGGAUGCAGCUUUUGACAAGAUUCAGGACGUCCUCCGCAAUGCCAGGGGGCUUAUGCCUGGUACGAAGCAGGCCCUAUUAUGGGAGGAGCUUGGAGUUGCUGAGGAGGCAGAGCUAGUCAGUGGAGACAGACUCACCAAGCUCUUCCUGGAGCACAUGAGUGAGGUCCUGCGGGACUGUGUGACGGACCUGAAGGAGCUGAUUCUGGAGAGCAUCGAGUUGUUUGAGGAGCAGCUAGUCGGGGACGUUCAACAAACCAUCAAUAAGAUAGACACAGAGCUCAAAGAUUGCCCACGCUACAAGAGAUUGGACCUCCGUGCGGACGUGCGUAAAGGUCAGGUGCUUAAGUACAUAGGGAGUGUACAAGUAGGGGACAGUGCUUCCCAAGCACGGACACACAUCAGCGAUGGCCUCGAGAAAAUGGGUCGUGAGAAACUGCUUAGGAGAGAGGUGCUGCGACCCCCCACAGUCAGUGUGAGACCCCCCGGGGAGCUACAGUGGAACCUGUACACAGACAGGGACGAGUACCUCAACCUCUCCCUCCUUGCACGGACACUGGAUAAUGUGCUCACACUCAGAUCUGACUUUAUGAACCACCUCCCUGGCAGUGGGUUGUUUGAUGCUGGUGGGCAGAGUUAUCGUCUUGAUAUGAGCCUGUUCCACGGGGACAUAGUCUCCAUGACCAACCAUGACUACAUACCUGAUGGUGCUGUUGCCGUGGUGAACUCGAUGGAGUGUGUUGAUUGGCUGGAGGAUAUGCUGACUCGGCUGUGGGUCCCAGAGGUCAUGACCUCCCUACCGCCCUACAGGGGGAUGCCCCUAGUCAUCCUCGCUCUAGACAAAGAAGCAGACGACUCGGAGGAUAGUAACACGCCCCUUCAUAGACGUGCCAAAGCCCUCGCUGCACGAGUACAAGCGACGUGUAUAACUGAGCGACCCACUAUCCAACCAAAACGCCUCGUCGUUUCCACGGUGAUUGUACAACUACUGAAUGCGAUCAUGGAGGUGGUGUUGCCCACGGCAACCUUCUUCUCCUCCCCCCUUCCUGUCAAAGAUCAUCAAGGACUUAAUAUUGCUGUGUGUUCAGUGGUGGACGAUCCCUACCCGGCAAUGGACCUGUUGUCACCAUGGUUACGACAUCAGGCAGUGUGUUUCGAACAGAGCAAGCUAUUUGUACACAGCAAUCUGGACAAAAUGUUGCGAAUGUGCACUUUGACCUUUCAUUCUGCACUAGAUGUGAAGGAGAUUGUAUCCUUUACACGACUCGGGGUGAUAUUGGCGUACUCUCCCUCGAGACCCGCCUCUCUGGCCGUUAUCAAGUUCCUCUUAUCUAAACUACCUGCCGUACCCAAGAUGAUUAUAGCCAUGGUGUCCGAGGAGGAGUCAUGGGACAAUCACAUGUCAGAGGGACGGCAGGUUGCAGAGAAGUGUGAUGCAGUGUUUGUCAGUACCAGCGACCCAGAGUGGACAAUUGGUUACACGGCUGAGUUCUUCUCCAAGUGUUGGUUUGGUCGGUUCACGUCGUGGAGCAGUCAGACUAUGCCAGAGGAGGUGGUGAGCAGACAGAGAGAGAAGAGACAGGCCAGGGCAUUGCCAUCAAGGCCAGUGAGUGAGCGUGAACUUCCUGUGAUCCUCCCCACUAGAAUAAGACACUCGGUUGGUGCAUUGCUGGACGAGGAGAGCCCACCCCUCACACCCACCUACCCAUCGGGAACUAUGCCACGCCCCCCAGCCAGGGAACGACACAAUAAAAAGGCGGCCUCUGUACCUUCACCUCCCUUGUUAGAUAGUGGUAUAUACUCGGACCCAAUAUCUGCUGACAUCGGUAUAAAACAGAUGAAAGCUGCCACUCUGGAGAGGAAGAAAUCGAGUGUGACUGACCCAGGCUCCGCCCACUUCCGCCCCCUCAUGUCACCUGAUAUAACAGACAGUCCUUUCCCCGAGGGAGACUACGCCAGUGUUGAGGAUGCCGUGAGAUUUCAAGGGAAUACACUGGCAAUGUUCAACACUCUGGAACGUCAACGACAGACCCUACGCAGUCCCAGCAUGUCCCCUCCCCCUGUUCCUAUUUCUCCCACUGAUACUGAGAUAUCCAUACUCGAUGGAGGCAGCGAUGAGGAGGAGCCUAACAGUAUGUACGCUACCGUGCAGACCACUCCUAGACAACGCGCUUCUAAACUGGCUGCCAAUAGAGGCUACGAUCAUUUAGAGGCCUCUCCCGAGGUACAGCGUAAGAAACCACCCAGCUAUGACCGUCUCAACCCUCCACCUAUACCGUCCAGAACUGACUCACUACCGGUUAUCCCUCGACAACCGCCCCCCACACCUCUCACACUCCCCACACCCUCACAGACCACCUCCCUCGAGGAUAUGUACGCUACAGUGGACCUAUCGGCUAAGACUCGUCGGCCCCCGCCCACACACAGCAGACACAGGUCCGAGGAUAACACACUCAACAACAACGAGGCCCUGUACUCCACCGUGAUCAAGCCUCCGCGCACCAAACCCAAACCUUCCCCACGGAGAUCAACCACACCGGAUGAACCUGUUUAUAGUCUACCAGAGAAAGUCGUACGAGGUCGCCGUAGUCCACCCAUCCCAGCCAAGACUCCGCCCCCUAUUGCCCCGAAGCCAUCUAAGAAGUCCCCAACUCCACCCAUUGGUCGCAACCCUCGUGUCAGUGGGAGAGCAGAGUCAUUUAAUACUGGUGUGCGUACUAAACCACCGCUGCUGUCUAGUGAUAAAAUGGGGAGGAGUUACUCCAUGGACAAGAGGCAGGGUAUCAAGAGUCCACUCACACCAUCCAGGGAACACUCUUUUAGUUUGCCCAGAGACUAUCGCCAUGAUGGUGUUCAGGAGAAUGGCCACGCUCUCACCCGAUCACUAGAGAGCUCCCUCGAGGAGGGCCCUCCCUCUAUACCAGCCAGGCGCUACCAGCCAACUGAUUUGGACCUCGAUGAUGAAGCCCCGCCCCUUCCUCCUCGGGUAUACAACUGGUCUGACUUUGAGGACAACGAUGACGAGUUGUUCCAGAGUGAGGAUGAACUGGACGACCAUUCCUGGACCGUAUCAGACCAACAGAAACUCUACGCCACGAUCACACAAGCCACACAGCGCAGUGACAGUAUGAGUGGUGUGGAGGCAGUGUACCACGUUGUCAACAAAAUGGUACUGAUGAGUGACAACAUACAAGUGGCCAGAGAGAGCUCGUUGACACAAGAGGAGGAGUCGGCUUAUGAUACACUGGAGAAUGUACUCAAGAGCAUGAGGACAGAGGGACACACCCCCUACUCCCCCACACGCACGGAGGGUGGACACAGGAGCAUGGUCCCACAACCACAGCAGGGGAAACCUGCCACACCUCCUCAAGCAAGAUCACCACUCUCUAGGGAGAACCAGGCACAAGGACUCCAGUCGACUCCACUGACAGCUGGUGAGAUUAAGAAUCUACGAAAGACUCAGAAAUUGCUAAAACAAUUGGAGAAACAGGCUCAAAAAGAAGCAGCUCGUCGGCACGCUAGGGAGGCUAAAAAGAAGAAAAGAGACUAUGAUGAUAAAAGAAGGAAAGAUGGAAAAAAGAAGACCCGGAAAGGAAAGAAAGAACCGGAGCUGAAUCGUUAUUUUGGAUCCCCGUUGGAGAGUGUGGUUGAUGAGGGGGGAGUCCCCGUGUUUGUGAGGAAGUGUGUGGAGUUCGUGGAGCGUGAGGGGCUGAGGUCAGAGGGUAUCUAUCGAGUACCGGGGAAGAAAGAGAACGUUCUGUUACUACAGGACAAGUUUGAAGAGAACCAUGAACUGGACUUCACCAGCCUGGAUAUAUACGAGAGUGCAGUGAGCAGCACACUCAAAUCAUUCUUCAAGUUACUACCUAAUCCACUUAUAGCAGAGAGUGUGGCUGCGCAACUACUGGUCGUCAAUUCACUGGACGCAGACUCCCAGAAGACACGUGUCCACGAGCUCCUCUCCUCCCUCCCCCAUCCGAAUAUAAGCACACUCAAGUUCAUGAUGGAACACUUGAACCACAUCCAAGAGGAGCAUGAGGUCAACAAGAUGACCCCUAGUAACCUGUCUAUAGUGUUCUGGCCCACACUAAUGCGACCGCCACUCAUGGACCUGGCCGACCCUAGCAAGCAGUUAGGCUGGCAACUGAUCAUGACAAGAAUGAUACAAUGUCCAGAUUUUGUACCCAAUGUGAACUGACCCCUUGUGAAUUUUUUUAUUUCCUAAAAUUAAUAGCCUGAUAUUUUUUAUAAUUAUAUAAUAGCCACACCCAAUAGUGUUGUUUUUUCAAGCCAUUAUUAAAUGCACAGAGAUGAAUAAUAAUAAUAAUUAUUAUGGUCAA